AUGUUUCUCAAAACUUUCGCAAUUUUCCUGUUUAUCGCCAUUCGUUUUGUCAUGGCGACUCUGCCCGUUUGCACGACUUGCCCGGUUAACGGAAUCUGGUCACCGUGGGCAGACCACACGACUUGCACGAAAGGCUGUGGAUUUUACGGGAAAAAAGCCCAGACCAGGACGUGCGAAUCUUGGGGUUAUGGCUGUGGAUGCCAAGGUGUCUACUCUCGAAUUGUCCCAUGUACGGCCAACGCUUGUCCAACAGCUCCAUUCUGCGCGGCAGGACAUGCAAGGUUUCUCAAUCCACUCACGAAAAAAUUUCUCUGCAAGGCCAUCAAAAGACCCGAUGAUUAUGCGGCGCCAAAAUGCGCUUUGACUAAGAAGAUGCAUCCUUGUCCUUGCCCACCAGGAGGAGUUUGGUCGAACUGGUUUUCGGACCUGAAUUGCCCGUACAACGGCACUUGGCCGUGCGGUCUUUGUCAGACGCAUACCGAUCACAGAGUUUGUCAAUCGACUCAAGCCGGAUGCCCAUGCGUUGGCCCUUCAAAUCGGACAGCUAAGUGUUCGGCAUCGCCCUGUUCAGGCAACGGAGGUCGUACUCCAUGCUGUGGUGGUUAUUCAUUGGUGAGGACGAUUAGCGGUCCAGACAAGAUCAAAAGUGAGCCGUUGUGCGGUCCCUCGUUGCCCGACGAUCCGGUCAUCGCACUGCCUGCCUGCAUGCCGACAAGCACAACCACUACUACCACCACCACGACUCCAAUAUGCACAAGUGGCUGUCCAGAGAAUUUCAUCGAACGCGUUUACACUGUCGACAACAGCACCUUCAAUGUCACAUAUUCAACCGAUGAGAAUGGCUGUCAGAUUGCCAACUAUAUCUGCUCUCCCACGCCAAAUACUACCUCUGCUUGGUUUGGUGUGAUUGCACAAGGAGACUGGGACUAUAUGCACAAUGUCGAUUACGACUAUUUAGAUGAUGAAAAGGUGGCGGGACCGGUCACAUCGACAGCCGACAAAUAUUUCCGUUGUGCUGUUGGACCCAAGGGUCCGAAAUGGCAAUUUGUGGGAAAAGACUUUAUCUGGGUCUAUUGCAAUCCGCCGAUGGAACCCGUGGCUGGA